CGAGGCUAAUCGCUGAUUGGCCAGUUUGUGUGUCGUUGGGGUGAGAGGUUGCUGCUGUCACCACAGCUGCUCUCGCUUUUGCCUGCGCUGUUGCAAAGGGUGAGGAAAAGAAACUCAUCUGGGGGUCCGAUAGGGAAGUGCCGUCUUUGACAUCUCUCUUUGCAUUAAAUGAGUGUAGAAUGUUUUGGAAUUAGAAUAACAAGAAGCAAACACAGCGCACAGAAAACAAUCUUUAAAUAUGUUACCUUGCGUAUUGCACAAUUAGCUACAUAAAGGUAACCGGCAAACAAAUCAUAGCGAGAAUGAAACGAAACCCGAAAUUUGUGUAGCCUAAAUACGAUAGCCUCGAUGUCCUGCUUUUGAAAGUGCCAUGGGGAGAAGCUAUGAUCAAAGCUCUUCAAAACGAAUGUAACAUUAAUGAUGAAAGAUCUUUUUAAAAAAUAUCUCACUUGACGCAGAUUUUUGUUUGAGUGUGUCUUCAGUCUACAAUCUAGCAAGCUAAUCGUGAAGCUUCGGAAAGGGGCUGGCGUCUGCGGCUUCUACUUGCAAGUGAGACUGGGCACGCAUUACCCACCCAUAGCCUAGUGCACAAGGGUACGCAAUGGCGGGUCCCGAACAGACACAACAGGAGGUCGAGGCAAGAGGGGAGCGGAUAGACGAUGCGGAGCUGGCUCUCCAGGGCAUAAACAUGCUACUCAACAACGGGUUCAGGGAGAGCGACGAAUUGUUCAGGAAAUACAGGAACUACAGCCCGCUGAUGAGUUUCGGAGCCAGCUUUGUCAGCUUCCUAAACGCCAUGAUGACCUUUGAGGAGGAGAAGAUGCAAACCGCCUGCGAGGACCUGCGGGCCACGGAGAAGCUUUGUGAGAGCGACAACGCUGGGGUCAUCGAGACCAUCAAGAACAAGAUCAAAAAGAACGUGGACUCCCCGAGGCCUGGCGUGACAGUUGUGGAUCGCCUGCAGAGACAGAUCAUCGUAGCGGACUGUCAGGUAUACCUGGCCGUGCUCUCCUUCGUCAAGCAGGAGCUCUCAGCGUACAUCAAAGGCGGCUGGAUCCUGCGCAAGGCUUGGAAGAUGUAUAACAAGUGCCACAGCGAUAUUGUCCUGCUGCAGGAGGCGUACCAGAGGCGGGCUUCCCAAGAAGCUCCGCCUCCUGGCCCCGUGAAUGACAACGCAUCCCCGAGGGAGGAGGUGACGGCCGAGGCCCUAGGACGCCUCAAGGGCUCGGUCAGCUUUGGCUACGGCCUCUUCCACCUGUGCAUCUCCAUGGUGCCGCCGCACCUGCUGAAGAUAAUUAACCUGCUGGGUUUCCCCGGCGACCGGCACGAGGGUCUCUCCUCCCUCACGUAUGCCAGUGAAAGCAAGGACAUGAAGGCCCCCCUAGCUACGCUGGCCCUGCUGUGGUACCACACGGUGGUUCUCCCCUUCUUUGCGCUGGAUGGCUCUGACACACAGGGAGGUCUGCUGGAGGCCAAAUCCAUCCUGCAGAGAAAGGAGGCAGAGUACCCGCACUCGUCCCUCUUCAUGUUCUUCAAAGGCAGGAUCCAGAGGUUAGAGUGCCAGAUCAAUAGUGCCUUGACUUCUUUCCAUGAUGCAUUGGAACUUGCUACUGAUCAAAGAGAAAUCCAGCAUGUGUGCCUCUAUGAAAUCGGGUGGUGCAGCAUGAUUGAAAUGAACUUCGAAGAUGCGUACAAGUCCUUUGAGAGACUAAAGGACGAGUCACGGUGGUCCCAGUGCUACUAUGCCUACCUGACCGGAGUGUGCCAGGGAGCCACAGGAGACCUGGAUGGGGCGAAGACCAUCUUCAAAGACGUCCAGAAGCUCUUCAAGAGGAAGAACAACCAGAUUGAACAGUUCUCUCUGAAGAAGGCAGAGAGACUACGGAAGACUUCUCCCUCAGUGGAGCUGUGUACACUGGCUGCCAUUGAGGUUCUGUACCUGUGGAAGGCUUUGCCCAACUGCUCCAUCUCCAAACUGCAGCUCAUGAGCCAAGUAUUACAGGACGUGGAUGACCCCUCACACACAGGCCUAAAAAACCUGCUUCUCGGUGCCAUUCACAAAUGUUUAGGAAAUACAAAGGAUGCCAUACAGUCUUUUCAGCUGGCGGUGAGAGACGAGGCAGGCCGACAGAGCAAUUCCUACGUCCAGCCAUACUCCUGCUAUGAGCUGGGCUGCAUCCUACUGGAGAGUCCUGAGUCAGUGGGGAAAGGAAGAGCGCUGUUACUUCAGGCUAAGGAGGAUUAUGCCGGCUAUGAUUUUGAGAACAGACUCCAUGUGCGCAUUCACUCAGCUCUGGCCUCUCUGAAGGAGGUAGUCCCACAGUGACUCUGCCGAAUAUCCCUGACCAUGUCCUCCACCCCAAAUGUGCACCACCACCCCCCCAUGUCUGCACUGUGCAACAACAUAACGACAUACAGGGAGCCUGGCUUUAUUCACCAAAGCCAUCCAAACAGCAGCAUAAAAACGCCCUUCACCCAUUUUUGUGCUGUUUACCAUAUAGUUGUCUUACUUGUACUAGUAUGGCAUAUUAUAUUGUUUACCACAUCUUAAAUCCUCUUUAUGAUUGGUUUCAUUACAUAUUUCGGUAAUUACUGAAUCAGUUGCUUCUGUUUUAAGUUUAUUAAUCAGUGGCUUGGUGCAGCUGUAGAGACCAAGACACCAUACAUUCUUUUGUCCUGUUUCUUCUAACACGGUAAUCCUCCCUGUUGUUUUGUACAACUGUAGUUAUAAUGUAUUUCCAUGAAUGAAAAGAGCAGUGGUGAUGUGUUCUGAUUGGCUACCACCCACUCUCCUCCUUCCCCAAGCUGUACGUGAGAGUGGCAGUGGCAAAUACUGAAUAUGGUCUUAGAUGUCCUCAUCAUGGUUAUACAUUAGCUGAACUAAUGCAUGUAUGUGGUACAAACCUCAUUUGUCCUUUUUUUGCCAAAUUUAACGUUGGCAAUGGAAGGAGUGGACAGGAAGUGGCUUAGAAAGAGUAAAAUUGAAUUUAAUGUCCAGCAACAAGAAGUAAAGGGCACAGGUCAUGCUUUUAGAGUUUCUAGUUUUUCUCAGUUUUUUCUCAUAAAGCAAAAAAGAUUUAGCAAUUGAUUAUCUGAUGCUAGUAUUUGUUGUGCUGUGGUAAAAUAUAUCCAUAGGUAAGUGCCAAAUGUAAAUCAUGAGUGAGCCGUCGCUUUUGGCUCCUGAAUAUCUUCCCCUCUUUUUUACUAUAUAACCAAAUUGUUCCCGCUAGCACUUUGAAAAACCCAGUAUGAGGGAUUAAAUAGACCACUUAGCAAUAUCAGUGUCAAUAACAGUGUAAAAAACAAACUGUUUACAUAAUAUCUCAUCACAUUUUUGCGGUUUGGAUGUCCAAUCCAUAACCUUUUUAGUUAGGUUGUGUUACAUGAUUGUCCUUUCCCCUAAUUUUGAAGCUUCUCAUGGUCUUCCCAUGAUCUGCCAGUUAGAUAGUGAACUCAAACACCCUUAUGUCGGUGCUUUAGUAAGAAGAGCAGUGAUAGUCUUCUCAAUCUUGUUUUGGUUUUCUGUUAUUUUUGGAACCACAGUUGUGGUCUGUUUAUCUGGUGAAAAUGGUUUCCCAGCUUUACAGUAGAUCACUCUGAGAGCAGUUGUUAUUAACCCUGUAAUACACCCAAAAACCCAUCAGAUUCCUUUGCAUCGCUUCAAACUAACUGGUUUUCAUUGUCUGCACCACAGUACAGUGUUUAACUUUUUAUACACUAAGAAACUACGUUUUUUUCUGUUUUUUUAGAACUCAUUUUACAGAAUCUGGUGCAGACACAAAGCACUGGGCAGACAUCCCAGUCUUUGUGUCACGCAUGGAAUACACCAGAGAAAAUAAACAUGUCUGACUUCAAACUCUCUUAAUCUCUGUAAGAUAAAGUUCUUUGGGGGAAUAUUGUCCAUGGGUCACCUGUUGUUGACGUCAUCAAGUAUUGUCAUACAUCAUCAAGCCAUAUUCUUGUAGACUGCCUGUAUUUUUACCAAAACUAUUCUUUCUACUCUUUUAUCUGUCUCUAAUGUCACAGUAGAAUACAUAAACCAUGCAGUGUGAACAAUAUAAUUUCAUAGUUUUGACCAGGAAGGGUACUGUAUUGUGGGAUAUACUGUAUUUUAAAAAAUGGCUCCUCUGCUGUUUGGUCAGUAUGAAGUGUUGUAAAAAAAAAACAGUUUCAGGACUUCUCACAUACUCUUAUAUAUUAGAUGAUCUCCUAUUCCGCUGCAGCAGGUAGUUGAAAUGUGAAACAAACACUUUAAACACCAAUGGCUAAUACAUAACUGGGCAUUGAUAACUCAGCUAUGCAUGUUCUUCAUAAUAAUAGUAUUUCCUCAGAGAAUUUGUUUCUGCUGCACUUCAUUUAACAGUACAGUAUGAAUAAUGUGAAUAAUUGUGAUUGGUUUAAACAGAUUAUGGAAAGUCCCUGGUAAUUUUUGUGAAACAUUCAUCUUACAGACCAUAAUAUGGUUAAUGUCCUGAGUUUCUUACCUGAAAGAUGCAAGUACAGUUCCUCAGCUUCACAAUGCCACCGUACCUUUGCGUUGGAUAAUCUGAAUUGUUUAAAAUUAUCCACCUGUAUAAGCAGACAACAAAAUCAUAAGCUACACAUUUUCCCCUGCAAAAUGUUGUCUGUCAAGUAAAAAAUAACACAUAAAAAACUGGUGAGUACCUUUGCUUAACUGCAAUGCCAGAUCAUGCCAUAGGUGGUUGUUCGUGGAACCAGUCAUAGAAUUUCCACAUGGCAACGCAUCACCAAUAUGCCGAAAUUAUAGCGGGUGGUAUAUAAUAGUUUGUACUGUAAAAUAAAGUGCAGUGUUUUUCUACUGAUGCUAGUCCACAUGAAUAUUCUUCUCACUUUCAACUACUGUGCAUUAACUGGAAUGUUUAUUGUAUUCAUUUUGGGGUGGGUUUGUACAGUUUGUACUGUGCACCUGUAUGGCUCCAUAUUUAUGGGGAUCUUUUCUGUGUUAAAUUACUAUGAUCCCUUUUAAUCAGGUGUGGCCUCAGCUUCCUCUUUUUGUGGAGCGUAAUUCAUACACUUUUACUUUUUAAGGAUGAAUGAAUAUUCAUUUUGGAAAUUUUCUCCCCUUUCUUUUCCUGAAGACAUUGUUAUAUUUUUGGUAAAAUGUGGCUUUUCAUAUCAGACCAUGCUGGUGAAGAGUGCUGUAUGUUACCACAAAAAAAAGAAAGACAAAAAAAAUAAACAGGGUAUACCUUCACUGUUUUAAAAAGGCACUUGGAGGUAUGGCUACUGAGCAAUAAAUUCAGGGUAAAAAUAAAACUUCUGUGUUGGGACUGGUGUUUUCUGAGGAACACUGGUUACAGCUGCAUCAUUGAGAAAUGUGUUAGUGUACAGCAGCAUUUCCCAAACUAUUUUAUCAUAAGCCCCCCCAAGCAAAGCAAAGGGGGCGUCGAGUCGCACGCCCCCCCCCCCCCCCGUUAUUGUUAUUAUUAUUAUUAUUAUUAUUAUUACUAUUAUUAUGGAUAAAGGCCUAAUAAUUAAUUUAAAUCACUAUACGUGGAACAUAUGACGCAUGAGACAUAGGGCUUACUUUCUCGUGUUUUUUAGUGACUUGGGUGGGCCCGAUGCGUCGAGAAAUUGUGUUAUUCGGGAUCAUUUUCAAUUGUUCGGCGCUUGCUUCACCAAGCAUAGUGGAGACCAUGUCAACAGCAGCUGGAAGAAUGAAUUCCUCAGCGAUGCUGUGUGGCUUCUUACACCUAGCUACAUGAUACGCAACCUGGUAGGAAGCUAACAAGGCUUUGGAUGGAAUUGAUGCGAUUUUCACGAAACGACUUUGCUGACCACGAUACUCUUGCAGUUGUUUGGUGAAAAACUCCAGAGGCUUGCCAACAUGGUCAUUAUGUUUAGUUUCUAAAUGUCGUCUCAUUUUGUUUGGUUUUAAACUGUCUGCUGACAGAGUUUUUAAGCAUAGUGCACACACAGGCCUCCCCUCUCCCCCUACCACGGUGCACGUGAACCCAAAAGCCAGGUACGAAUCAUCAUAUUUUCUCGUUUUUUGUUUCGUCGCUUCUUCCUUUCCACUUGUUGAUCGUGUUGCGUUGUUUCCUUUUGUUCUUCUUUUUGGCCCUAUUAAAAACUUGUCCAUUCUGUUUUUCUUCCGUUCUGCUUUGCAAAUGGAACUGCACCACGACGCAUUUAAUUUUGCCACUUGACGCAGUUUCGAUAUUAAUUUAAAUAGGUCUAAUCAUUCGAUGGUGGUCGGAAUUGACCAUUGAUGUCAUUUUCCCACCGUUCUCCUUCUCAUUGACAGUGAAAAUAUACCCAUUCAUCAAAUUAGAUUUGAAAAUAAUUGUAUGACAUUAUGUAUAUAAAUAUUUUUUUAAAUUCUAUCAGUCCCAAUUCUUUUGCACCCCCCGUGUAUCCUUGGCGCCUACUAAGGGGGACGCACCCCACAGUUUGCGAAAUGCUGGUGUACAGUUUCACUUGUUAACAAAUAUAUUGGGUGAAUGUAGCUGUUUUAGGCCUCUCAAUUCAAAACCAUCCUCCUUCAGUCUUACUUAAGGCUGGUAUAUUUGGACCUGUGUUGCAGUGUGUAACAACCUUCACCCUAUUCUGUACAACUAUAUGGUCCUUAUGCUGCUAUACAGUCUAUUUGGCAACAUACUGUAUGUAAUAUUGUAUGGACAGCGGUACCAGUACUUAAAAAUGAAAGAUCAUCUGUUUUUUUAAAAUGAUCUUGCUCUUGGUUCGAUGAGAUGGUGGUGGAAUAGAAAGAGGUGAAGACAGCAUUUUGACUGGCAAAUGUAUAGAAUUCGUUUUUACAGGAACUGGAUUUCCUGGGAUAAGCAGCGGUUUCCUAUAAGAGUUGUACACAAAGAAUAAAGGAUCAAUGUUAUGAAUCCACCUUGCUGUUGCUUGUGUUGUCUGUGAGGCCCUCAGUCUCCUAACAUUCAAUAAAGUACUAAAUUGACAC